CGCUGGCGGGGCGCCGCGCGAAGGCGCGCGGGGCUGAGCUCCGCUCCGCGCUGCCCCGCCGCGCUGCAGCCCGGUCCCGGCGGGGCGGCCGGCGGCGUGUGCGGCAGCGCCUGCCAGCCCCUACCAGCCCCUGCCAGCCCCGGGAUGAUGUCGGCCAGCGGCCGAGCGGUGCCGCUGCCGGUGCCGCCGCUGCUGCUGCUGCUGCUGCUGCUGCUCGGUGCGCCGGGGGUCGCGCGGGCGGCGGGGGAAGCCUCGUGCCGCCCGGUGCGCGCCGCCUUCCAGGUGCUGCAGCCCGGAGCCAAGUGGGUGCCCGAGAGCCCCGUGUCAGGAUCAGAUCUGCAAGUAUGUAUCCCAAAGGGCUCCACGUGCUGCUCGAGGAAGAUGGAAGAGAAGUACCAGGCAGCGGCCCGUCUGAACAUGGAGCAGCUCCUGCAGUCUGCCAGCAUGGAGCUGAAAUUCCUUGUCAUCCAGAAUGCUGCCAUCUUCCAAGUCCCUGGACUGAAGCGGAUCAGGUUGCACCUGGAGGCAGAGAGCAGUGAGCACUUCAUCUGGGGUCUGCAUGCAAGCCAGUCUGCACCACUGAGCGUGAGGACAGGAUUAACAGAUGCCACGUGCAAAAUGCAAGCCUUUGAAAUUGUAGUACGGCAUGCGAGAAACUUCACCAACAGCAUGUUUAGGAACCACUACCAGAGCAUGGGGACCAGAGCUCUUAAGUUUGUUGGAGAACUUUUUACUGAUGUCUCACUGUACAUACUGGGCUCUGACAUCAGUGUCAAUGACAUGAUAAAUGAAUUUUUUGACAGUUUAUUCCCUUUGGUCUACUCUCAUUUGAUUAAUCCUGGCUUCCCUGAUCCCUCCGUAGAAAUGACUGAAUGCCUGCGGGCAGCCAGGAGAGACCUCAAAGCCUUUGGUAACUACCCUAAGAUGAUGAUGACGCAGGUGUCCAAGUCACUGCAAACCACGCGAGUCUUUUUACAGGCACUCAACCUGGGGAUCGAGGUUAUAAACACUACUGACCACCUGAAAUUCAGCAAGGACUGUGGACGAGCGCUGCUAAAGAUGUGGUACUGCUCGCACUGCCAGGGGCUCCUCAUGGCCAAGCCCUGUGUUGGAUACUGUGGCGCGGUGAUGCACGGAUGCCUGGCGGGCGUCGUAGAGAUUGACCACCACUGGCGAGAGUACAUCAGCUCUCUGGAGGGGCUGACCAAAGGCAUGCACGGCAUCUAUGACAUGGAGCAUGUCCUCCUGAACCUCUUCUCCCUGGUGCGGGACGCAGUCGUCUACGUGCAGAAGAAUGAAGGAAAACUCUCAACAACUAUUAGCCGGUUGUGUGGCCACGCUCAGCAGAGGCAGUAUCGAUCAGCUAAUUACCCUGAAGACCUCUUUAUUGACAAGAAAGUCCUGAAGGUGACUCACAUAGAGCCAGAGGAAACUCUGUCGAGCAGGAGGAGGGAACUCAUUAUGAAGCUGAAGUCUCACAGCAAUUUUUACAGCAGCUUGCCAGAAUACAUCUGCACCCACAGCUCCGCUGUUCAGAACGACACUCUUUGCUGGAACGGACAAGAAGUCGUGGAGAGAUACAGCCCCCAAAUCACAAGGAACGGAGCAAAAGCUCACCCUGGCAACCACGAGGUGAAGAUGAAAAGUCCUGAGCCAGUGAUCAGCCAGAUUAUUGACAAGCUGAAGCACAUCAACCAGCUGCUCAAAGGAAUGGCUCUGCCCCGCCAAAAAGCCAUGGGCAAAACCACGGAGGAGGAGGAGGAGAGCGGAGACUGCGAUGAUGAAGAUGACUGCAGCAGAGGCUCUGGGGACGGAGAGCUGCGAGUGAGGAACCAGCUCCGGUUCUUAGCAGAGCUGGCAUACGACCUGGACAUCGAUGACACCUCUGCCAACAAGCAGCUGCUGAAUCAGCAAAGCAAAGACGGUGCCGUGGUUCCCAGCAGUGACCCCGGCAGCGCAUCCCCGCGCCCUGGCCCUGCUGUUGCUGUUGCCCUGGCCCUGCUGCUGCUGGGCUGCUGGCCCUGAGCGGUGCCAGCAGUGGCACUUGGUGCCUUUCCGUCCUUGUUUUUUCAGUGAGGAAAACAUUCUGAACCUCUCCUGGAAUAUAUACGCAUUGCCAAAGACAGGGCAAAUGACUUGAGUCACUUUUAUAAAAUAAUAUGGUAUCUUCACACCCCCCCCUCCCCUUUCUCCCCCCCAAAAAAAACGUUUGUUCAUGGUAAACUAGUAAAUACAUAACAGUGCUUUUUAAAGAUAAUCCUGUUUAAUAUAAGAAGGUUGAUAUUAAAUUGUUCCUAGCAGUUUUUGAAGACUGAGGUCUGCCUUGCUGUUAAAUUGAAGAGCAUAUUUCAUCUUGAGUUGUUUGAAUGUGCAUGGGGUAAAGAAUACUUACGAUUUAUGAAAUACUCUCAGCAAAUAUCAGGCCCCUGUUCCCAGUUGACUUAAUACAGAUUUUUUUUCUGUAGUUCAAUAAGUUUUUGUACUUACUCCAAAAUCGAGUCACCCCUAGGAAUCGGGCCAGGCGCAUAACAUGGAGGGCAUGUGAAGACAGGAGAGAGAAGGUCAGAUGUACAGCAGGAGGCAAGAUGCUACGGAAGAGGAAUGGCCAUGCGCUGGGAUCGCCAGGUAUCCGCCAUCUCCUGGUGUGGCUCCGCUGCCAUCAGCCCCAGCCACGUCCUGGCACCACCGCUGCUGGCUCCUGUGUGCAGAGGGGCCAGACCUGCCCUGCUCCAGCCACAGGUCCCCAGGAGUCCCCGAGUGCUCCUGGCACAGGUAGGCAGCAAUGGGAGGAACCGGCACAGGAGCUGGGGACGAGCAUGAAGGAGGAGGUGCCUCGCCAGCGUGCUGCAGGCAGAGCGCAGGCGCCUCUCCUCUCUCUGAGCUCUGGCUGGAGCCGUGGGUGCCCACCAAGGAUGCACACAUCAGGCUGCUGUCUCCAGAGCAGAUGGUUUCCAGACACUGAUGCAUGGGGAUGUGCUCCUGCAAAGCACACCUGCAGCACGACAGGUUGCAGGUGGUUUCACCACUCACCUCCCAGCUGGGUCCUGUGAAGUCCUUCAGUGCAGACAGCCACAUCCCCUACAUCUUCCCUGGCAGUGGUGCGUGGGGCCCUGUGGCCCAUGCAAUGCCCUGGUAGUACUCUUUGAAGCAAAGCACCCCCUUUCCCAUGGGAAAUCUGCGAACAUAGCUUCAGCCAAAGGACAGACAGCAUGGAUGUACACGCCGUGCUUUAUGGGGAUGAACAACAGGCGUCCAACACAUUGUGCUACAAAGGAGGAACAGAAAAGGAUUUGCAGAAGCCCAGAGGCAGAUGAUACUCUUUCUCAAGUGUGUUUUUUUUUUUUUUUGCAUGUUACUUUGCUUAAGCAGUCUCUCAAAUAAAGGUCAGUUGCUCUA